GCAAGAUGGAAUCUUUCUGGUACUGGUAAAUGUAGGUGAAACUCUGAAACAGUCUGUUUUCACAAUGGCAUCUAGCAAACAUGCAGGAGAUUAUAUGGAGGAAUUUAUUUGCCCAGUUUGCCUUGAACUUUUAAAUGUUCCAGUGAUGCUGGAAUGUGGGCACAAUUUCUGCAAGUCUUGUAUUAACAGAGUAUGGGAUUGUCAGAAACAACCUUCCUGUCCUGAGUGCAGAGAGGAAUGCACAGACAGGAAAUAUGCAAUGAACAGACUGCUAGCAAAUGUGAUUAAAAGGGUACAAAUACAACAGCAGAAAGAAGAAGAACCUACUUCAUGUCAGAAAGACCAGCUCUGUAUGGAACAUAAACUAAAGCCUGAGUUGUUCUGUAAAGAGGAUGAAGCUUUGGCUUGCUCACUGUGCGUUCCAGAACAUCCUGGUCACACCUUCUUUACAGUGCAGAAGGCAUUCAAAAUGUACAAGGACAACCUGACAGCAUCUCUAUCUCAUCAGCAAUCAAGUCUAAAGCAUCUUAAAGAAAUAAAGUGCCAGCAAGAAAUGAAGACAUCAGAAAUCACAGCCCAUGCUAGACGUUUACAGCUGCAUGUAACAUCAGAAUUUGCCAAGCUUCAUCAGUUUCUCCAGGCGAAGGAAGAAAAUCUGGUUCAACAGCUAAAGGAGGAAGAAACAGGAAUUCUGAAAGAGAUGGAGGAAAACCUGAGAAAAAUUAAAGAAGAUAUUAAUGCUGUUCAGGAAUCAGUCGCUAAUAUUCAGUUACAGUUGCAACAACACGACACAAUGACUUUUCUAAAGGAAGUCAAGUCAUUUACACUGAGACUUACAAAAGAACAGAAAGAGAGUGGUGUCCCAAAUGUUGUAGCCAGAGAACUCAGUCUCGGGGUAUACAAAGGCCCCUUGCAGUAUGGCGUAUGGAAGGAAAUUAAAUCCAUCCUUUAUCCUGGGCUCGCUAAUCUUUUAUUGGACACAGACACAGCACACCCUAAUCUCAUUAUAUCUGAUGACCUGACCAGCAUAGAAUAUGUUAAUGAAAAACAGAAGCUCCCUGACUACCCUCAGAGGUUUAAUGGCUGGUACUGUGUUCUGGGAUCAGAGGGAUUCAUGUCAGGCAGGCACUACUGGGAGGUAGAGGUGAAGAACAAGACUGAAUGGUGUGUGGGUGUCGCCAAAGAGUCCAUCAACAGGAAAAAAUACAUCACCAUGAGCCCUGAGAAAGGAUACUGGACUUUGCAUCUUAGUAAGAAUGUGUAUAAAGUAUGUGAUACAACACCAAAGGAUCUUGGACUUAGUGAAAAGCCCCAGAGGAUUGGAAUGUAUCUGGACUAUGAGGGUGGACAGGUGUCAUUUUAUAAUGCUGACAACAUGUCCCAUCUCUACACUUUCACUGACAUCUUCACUGAGAGACUCUAUCCUUUAUUUAACCCUUAUAGUAAUGCCGGAGGUAGUAAUGCGAAACCCCUGAAGCUCAUUUACUUAAAAUUAUAGUUCUGAUCUGACUGAAAACUGUUGGUGUACUGACAUGGAAGAUAAAAUGUUUCUACUGUAUGAAAAGUAUGUUUGUAAACUCAGCACAGAGAAUGAAACAGUACAAACAUUUAAGCUUAUUUACUGUCGGAAAAUCUUAAUGUUUUGGGAGAAUAUUAAAGAGUAACAACCUUCACAAAAAAAAAAUAAAAUGCAUGAUGACAAAUUA